AUGUUCUUCAAAGAGUUGUGCCCCGAAGCGAGGGAGCACUUUGACGACAAAACUUGGGACCGGCUCUGCUCGCCCGAGGCCGUUGCCAAGGGCGGCAUCGGUGCCCCGGGUUCUGGGUCUGUUGGGUCGAAUUCCGAGUCAGGCGCGGGGUCCAGCUCCUCCAGCGCUGGGGGUUCAUCGAGAACGAAACCGGGAUCUUCCUCGAGUUCCGGGUCCGAUUCGGACGAAGACGUGGUAGCAGCCUUUGGGUAA